GUAAAAAACCGGUAGCGUAGUCACUUCCUGUUUAUGUGUUGACAGGUCACACAUUGCUGUCAAACAAGUCAAUUCGUUACAAAUUGUAAAAUUUACUGGUUUAUGAUCAUUUUUACAACUUAAAAUGGAUGCAGGAGACGGCAUAAAAGGAAAGGUUAUGUGGAAACCAAAUCGAAGUAAAGUGACAAAAAUGGAUUUGCUGAGGAAACGAAUAAAUGAGAAAUACUCAGUGAAACUUGAAUCCUACAGAGAGUUUCAUAGAUGGUCAUGCGAUAAUUAUCCCGAGUUCUGGGAAGAAGUCUGGCAUUUUACUGAAGUAAUUCAUUCUCAGCCCUUUAAAAGUGUUAUUGACAAGACCAAAAGUAUCACAGAAAUACCAGAGUGGUUUAAUGGCUCCAGACUGAAUUUUGCAGAGAACUUACUGAAGUAUGAUGAUGAUAGAGUAGCAAUUUACUCAACAGGUGAAGGUAGGGAGACAAUAGAGAAGAUCACCUUCAAGGAAUUGAGGCAGAAAGUAGCUGUCUACGCCUCAGCAAUGAGGAGACUUGGUGUUCAGAUUGGAGACAGGGUUGUUGGGUAUAUACCAAACUGUCCUGAGGCAGUGAUAGCUAUGUUAGCUGCAGCUAGUAUUGGUGCAAUAUGGAGCUCUACAUCUCCUGAUUUUGGUGUUGUGGGCGUGCUAGACAGAUUUUCCCAGAUUCAGCCAAAAAUGAUAUUUAGUGUUAAUGCAGUACAUUACAAUGGAAAAGUGCACGACCAUCUUGAAAAGUUAGAAAAUGUUGUUAAUGGGUUACCAGAUUUGGAGAAAGUUGUUGUGAUCCCCUUCGUUCCAUCAGCUUCAUGUAAUAUUUCAAACAUCAAAAACAGUACCAUGUUGGAAGAUUUUUACCAAUCAGGAUUGGUAGAUGGAAAAUGUCCGCCCCUGUCAUUUGAACAAGUCCCGUUUAAUCAUCCCAUGUAUAUUAUGUAUUCGUCUGGUACGACGGGGGCGCCAAAAUGUAUGGUACAUUCUGCAGGGGGCACAUUAAUGAAACAUCUAGAGGAACAUUUGAUACAGAGUGAUAUGACCAGAGAUGAUAUAAUGUUAUAUUAUACAACAGUUGGUUGGAUGAUGUGGAACUGGCUGGUUUCAGUCCUGGCUGUUGGUGCAGGUAUAGUGUUAUAUGAUGGUUCCCCACUCAUUCCACAUGCUAACAUUCUUUGGGAUAUCAUUGAGAAAUUAGGUGUAACAGUAUUGGGGACAAGUGCAAAAUGGAUUGCUGUGAUGGAAAACAAGGGAUUAAAACCAGGUACAACUCAUAAUUUGGAGUCACUAAAGAUGAUAUUAUCUACUGGUUCCCCUCUCAUGCCACAGAGCUAUGAUUAUGUGUACAGGGAAAUUAAACAAGACCUGUUGCUGGGUUCCAUCACUGGAGGGACGGAUAUUAUUGCCUGUUUUAUGGGUCAGACGUGGACAGAGCCAGUGUACAGAGGAGAGAUACAGCAAAUGGUUCUUGGGUGUGACAUGAAAACAUAUGAUUUGAGUGGCAAGGAAGUGUGUGAUGAGGAUGGGGAGCUUGUGUGUUUAACUCCAUUUCCUUCAAUGCCCACAAAGUUCUGGAACGACCCACAAGGACUGAAGUACAAGAAAGCAUAUUUUAAUGUUUAUAAAGAUGUUUGGGCACAUGGGGACUUCUGUAGGUUCAACAGCCAAACAGGAGGCAUUGUUAUGCUUGGUCGCAGUGAUGGUACGUUGAAUCCAAAUGGUGUAAGGUUUGGAAGUUCAGAGAUCUAUCAUAUAGUGGAGUCAUUCAAGGAGAUACAGGACAGUAUUUGUGUGGCACAGCGGAAACAAGACGUGUCAGAGGAGCGUGUGAUUUUGUUCCUCAAGAUGGCGCAGGGUACGGAGUUCACGCAGGAACUUGUGUCCAAUGUGAAAACGUGCAUCAGAAAGUAUCUGACAGCGAGACAUGUGCCAGCUUUUAUUCUUCCAUGCAGUGAUAUACCAUAUACAAUCAGUGGGAAAAAGGUUGAAGUGGCUGUCAGGAAUAUGAUUAUGGGACAAGAAGUUGUACAGAAAGGGGCGCUGGCGAAUCCUGACUGUCUUCUACAAUACGGAAACAUUCCAGAGUUACAGGGAUACUAAACAUACUUUAUGUGGAUUACAUCCGGGAUGUAACCUCUUGUGAACAAAAAUUGGGGCUUCAUUUUAAAUAUAUAUAUUUUACCAUUACUAAUCUGUUUUCAGACAUUUAAAAUACAGACAUUAUUGAACAGAAUGUUAAUGAUAGAAAUGUUGAAAUGAAAUGUUAAGAAAUACUCUUUUAAAAAACUUUUUAGUUUAGUUUUAACUUUGUUACUGAUUUGGUUGUGUUUUUGUUUAUUUAUUUCUGCUAAUAUCAAAAUAUACAUAUCUAAGUGUAUAUCUAUACGCUGUCAGGUUUCUUAGUGUAUAUCUACACACUUUCAUGUUUCUAAGUGUAUCUACACACAUCCAGGUUUCUAAGUGUAUAUCUACACACCUCAAGGUUUCUUAGUGUAUAUCUACACACCUUCAGGUUUCUAAGUGUAUAUCUACACACAUCCAGGUUUCUAAGUGUAUAUCUACACACCUCCAUGUUUCUAAGUGUAUCUUCACACCUUCAGGUUUUUAAGUGUAUAUCUACACACAUCCAGGUUUCUAAGUGUAUAUCUACACACCUCCAUGUUUCUAAGUGUAUCUUCACACCUCCAGGUUUCUAAGUGUAUAUCUACACACCUUCAGGUUGCUAAGUGUAAAUCUACACACAUCCAGGUUUCUAAGUGUAUAUCUACACACCUCCAGGUUUCUAAGUGUAUAUCUAUACACAUCCAGGUUUCUAAGUGUAUAUCUACACACCCCAGGUUUCUAAGUGCAUAUCUACACACACAUCCAGGUUUCUAAUUGUAUAUGUACACACACAUCGAGGUCUCUAAGUGUAUAUCUACACACCUCCAGGUUUCUUUGUGUAUAUCUACACACAUCCAGGUUUCUAAGUGUACAGUAAAGACUGUCUUAGCGACCCCCUGCAUACAGCGACGUUCUGUCUUUAGUGACCAUAUUUGGGUGCGCCGAACAGUAUUUACUAUAUAAAUGGUCUGUAUGUAGCGACUCCCUGUCUAGUCCGUACAACGACCAUAAUUUAGUCACCCGUUACGGUAUUUGAGCCGUGAACAGCGACUUUUGCAAGGGGGGCGAGGCUUGAACUAGGUGACGACUUUGGCGAAGAAGUCGCCUUCGGAUCAGCGACUUUGCCUUAAACAAACUUCAGCCCGAUUUUUAUAAUUUUCCGUCAUACUUAUUUACGCCGCUAGGUCUGUUAAUAAUUUGUUUACCUCUCAAUUACAACCAAUUACCGUUAAUCUGCUAAUUAAGAAUGCGUGUCAACAUCAACAAAGUUCAAUUAACGCCGCAAGGCAAGAAUUCACUAUGUUUAUCUUUCUCAUUACGUAUUCAUUCGAUUGACGAAUCAGAACGCGCAUGGUAUCUACGGCACUUUGCAUUGACCAAUUGGUGACACGCUAAUACACUGUGGCUGUUUGUUGACAAUUACACAAAAUGGCGACAGAUUCAAUCAAUUUUCGCCGAUAGAAUGAUUGAAGACACCUGCAUAUACAUAAUUGCUGCGGUGUUUUGGCGAGUAAAGAUAAACAAUGCCAAACGUCUUAAAGGUGUGGUUAUAUUUGAAACCUCGAUUGUUAAUUUUUUCGGAGCACUUAUCAGUAGAAAUUAUGUGAAGAUUUGUAUCUAAUGUUUUAUUAAUACAUUGAACUCCGUAAAGUAAACAGGCUGAUUAUACAAAAUCAAAUGUCUCUACAGUAACAUCUCAUUAGUAAAAUUGAAAUUAAACAUUUUUUUACAAACAGAUUUAUCAAUAUAUAAAAUUAUAUACAUUAUAAUGAAUAUGUAACUUUUAAAUACUAAUGUUAUAGUGUAGUUUAUAAUCUUAACCAAUUAUACAUGCAAUUUUAAUACUCUCUUGUUUUUUAUAAAAGAUAUUUGAUAUGUUUAAUAUCAAUAAAAAUAAUUAAACCCUUAGUAUGGUACUAUCCUGCUUUUCAACAAAAUAUUGGUAUGAUAUGUUCAUAUAUCCGAAUUAUGUAGAGACUGUCCACAGUGACUCCCUGUCUAUAGUGACCUUUUUUCUUUUCUCCCAUCGAAGGUCACUGUAAACAGUCUUUACUGUAUAUGUACACACACAUCAAAGUCUCUAAGUGUAUAUCUACACACCUUCAGGUUUCUUUGUGUAUAUCUACACACCUCCAGGUUUCUAAGUGUAUAUCUACACACCUCCAGGUUUCUAUGUGUAUAUCUACACACAUCCAGGUUUCUAAGUGUAUAUCUACAUGCAUCCAGGUUUCUAAGUGUAUUAUGUACACACACAUCCGGGUUUCUAGGUUUCUAAGUGUAUUUCUUCACACCUUCAGGUUUCUAAGUGUAUAUCUACACCCCCCCAGGUUUCUAAGACUUUGUGUACAUAUCUUUAUACUUCAAGGUUUCUUAGUGUUUCCAGGUUUCUAAGUGAUGAUAUUCUACCUUUUGAUUGACAAAAUGGCAAAACUGGUUGGAGAGAUUUUGAUGGCUCUUAUGUGUCUUAUUUACAAUUAGUUUUAAUAUUUUCAUUUUUUGUUAAUAUAAUUGUGUAACAUUGCUUUUGCAUAAUUCUCAACACCAGGGUAUUAUUGUAUUUAUUGCCCUGUCAAUACUCACAAUAUUGAAAUUUUUUACAAUACAAACAUUUCAAUGUAUAAUGACCUUUUUGAAUCUGAACAAUUUUAAGCUCACUUAUUUGAAAAAUAUAGAAGAUUACUCAUCCCAGCGCCAUUGUCCGCAUAGCUGGUGCCGUCACACUUUGGUUUUGGUUGUUUUUGCAUGCAAAUUGGCAUCUCAAAAUUUAUCAAAAGAUAUAGGUUUGAACUUCACACACUUGUUCUCUGUGAUUAUCUUACAUAUUAGGUACAGGUCCCAUUACCGGAUUUACCUUUUACAGAGUUAUGCCCCCAUUUCUUACUGUCAAGCAGGGAGAAUAGUCGAGCGCCUUUGUCUUUACUGACAGCUCUUGUUAUUAUACCCCCAAAAACGAAGUUUGGGGGGGUAUAUAGGAGUCACCCGGUGGUCGGUUGGUCGGUCGGGCGGGCGGUCGGUCGGUCGGUCGGUCCAUACGUCCGUUGCAUUUUCCUUGUCCGGACCAUAACUUGAAGACUAAUGGUUGGAAUUCAAUAUAACUACAUACAAUGGUCAAGCACAUUGAGAGGAAGUGCAGUGCACAAGAACCAUAACUCUAUCUUGACUAAUUACAGAGUUAUUGCCCUUUGUUACUUUUCCUUGUCCGGGGCAUAACUUGAACACUACUGGUUGGAAUUCAAAACAACUUCAUACAAUUGUCAAACACAAUAAGGGGAAGUGCAGUGCACAAGAACCAUAACUCUAUCUAAAGUAAUUACAGAGUUAUUGCCCUUUGUUACUUUUCCAUUGCUUUCUUUUGUUCGGACCAUAACUUGAAGACUAAUGGUUGGAAUUCAAUAUAACUACAUACAAUGGUCAAGCACAUUGAGAGGAAGUGCAGUGCACAAGAACCAUAACUCUAUCUUGACUAAUUACAGAGUUAUUGCCCUUUGUUACUUUUCCUUGUCCUGUGGCAUAACUUGAACACUACUGGUUGGAAUUCAAAACAACUUCAUACAAUUGUCAAACACAAUAAGGGGAAGUGCAGUGCACAAGAACCAUAACUCUAUCUAAAGUAAUUACAGAGUUAUUGCCCUUUGUUACUUUUCCAUUGCUUUCUUUUGUCCGGACCAUAACUUGAAGACUAAUGGUUGGAAUUCAAUAUAACUACAUACAAUGGUCAAGCACAUUGAGAGGAAGUGCAGUGCACAAGAACCAUAACUCUGUCUUGACUAAUUACAGAGUUAUUGCCCUUUGUUACUUUUCCUUGUCCGGGGCAUAACUUGAAAAUUACUGGUUGGAAUUCAAAACAACUUCAUACAAUUGUCAAACACAGUAAGGGGAAGUGCAGUGCAUAAGAACCAUAACUCUAUCUAAAGUAAUUACAGAGUUAUUGCCCUUUGUUACUUUUUUCCAUUGCUUUCUUUUGUCUGGAGUAUAACUUGAAGACUAAUUGUUGGAAUUCAUUAUAACUUCAUACAAUGGUCAAGCACAUUGAGAGGAAGUGCAGUGCACAAGAACCAUAACUCUAUCUAAAGUAAUUACAGAGUUAUUGCCCUUUGUUACUUUUCCAUUGCUUUCUUUUGUUCGGACCAUAACUUGAAGACUAAUGGUUGGAAUUCAAUAUAACUACAUACAAUGGUCAAGCACAUUGAGAGGAAGUGCAGUGCACAAGAACCAUAACUCUAUCUUGACUAAUUACAGAGUUAUUGCCCUUUGUUACUUUUCCUUGUCCGUGGCAUAACUUGAACACUACUGGUUGGAAUUCAAAACAACUUCAUACAAUUGUCAAACACAAUAAGGGGAAGUGCAGUGCACAAGAACCAUAACUAUAUCUAAAGUAAUUACAGAGUUAUUGCCCUUUGUUACUUUUCCAUUGCUUUCUUUUGUCCGGACCAUAACUUGAAAGACUAAUGGUUGGAAUUCAAUAUAACUACAUACAAUGGUCAAGCACAUUGAGAGGAAGUGGAGUGCACAAGAACCAUAACUCUGUCUUGACUAAUUACAGAGUUAUUGCCCUUUGUUACUUUUCCUUGUCCGGGGCAUAACUUGAAAAUUACUGGUUGGAAUUCAAAACAACUUCAUACAAUUGUCAAACACAAUAAGGGGAAGUGCAGUGCAUAAGAACCAUAACUCUAUCUAAAGUAAUUACAGAGUUAUUGCCCUUUGUUACUUUUCCAUUGCUUUCUUUUGUCCGGAGUAUAACUUGAAGACUAAUUGUUGGAAUUCAUUAUAACUACAUACAAUGGUCAAGCACAUUGAGAGGAAGUGCAGUGCACAAGAACCAUAACUCUAUCUAAAGUAAUUACAGAGUUAUUGCCCUUUGUUACUUUUCCAUUGCUUUUUUUUUGUCCGGAGCAUAACUUGAAGACUAAUGGUUGGAAUUCAAUAUAACUUCAUACAAUGGUCAAGCACAUUGAGAGGAAGUGCAGUGCGCAAGAACCAUAACUCCAUCUUGACAAAUUACAGAGUUAUUGCCCUUUGUUACUUUUCCUUGUCCAGAGCAUAACUUGAAAACUACUGUUUGGAAUUCAAUACAACUUCAUACAGUUGUCAAGGACAUUAAAAGGAAGUGCAGUGCAUAAGAGCCAUAACUCCAUUUUGACAAAAUACAGAGUUACUGCCCUUUGAUACUUUUCCUUGUCUGGAGCAUAACUUAAAACAUACUGGUUGAAAUUCAAAACAACUUCAUACAAUGGUCAAGCACAAAAGAGGGAGGAAGUGCAGUGCACAAGAACUAUAACUCCAUCUUAAGUAUUUAUAGAGUUAUUGCCCUUUGUUCCUUUUCUUUGUAUUUCUGGACUUAUUACAGAGUAAUUCAAUAAAACUUCUUCAAUGGUCAACCACAUUGAAAGGAAAUGCAAUAUACAAGAACCACAACUAUCUUUAUUUGCCCACAACCAUAACUCUAUAUUUCAAUUCUUUUACAAGGUAUUCUGUUACUAGUAACAUCCUCAUUUCCGAAGCAGUCUUGUGGGGGUAUUAAUCACUUUUAGUGAUAGUUCUAGUUUUAAAUGUUUUGUUAUUGAGAAACUUUAGAUGCAUUUACAUUUCAUUAAAUCAUGAUCUCACAAUGGGAAGCAUUUGGUAAUAAAGUAGUUAAAAAUA